AAGGAGAAACAUCAGACAGAAAUCAUGGGUGCUUUCCUUCCUUGGUACACCUUUGCUGCUGUCAUUUUCCUGGUAAUUCAUGGAGGUUUGGGUGUGGAUAUCAUUGGAGGAAAUGAAGUAAAACCACACUCAAGACCAUUUAUGGCCCAAAUCAAGGGACCAAAAAGAGAUUUUUGUGGAGGAGCUUUAAUCAAGGAAAACUGGGUGUUAACAGCUGCACACUGUGAAGUGGACAACGGCACAGUUAUUCUUGGAGCCCAUUCAUUUAAAAAAAGUGAAAAACAACAGCAGAGUUUUCGGAUUGCAAAAUGUUUCCGUUAUCCAUGCUACGACCCCAUUACGAAGGAAGAUGACAUUAUGCUGCUGCAGCUUCAGAGAAGAGCAAAGCUUAAUGAAGCUGUGAAACCAAUCUCCCUGCCUUCCUCAGAUCAUGAUCCCAAGCCAGGAACAAUUUGCAGAGUAGCAGGAUGGGGUAUAACUGACAGUCGUCAGAAAAGGUUCCCUACUGCCCUGAUGGAAGUCAAUAUCACUGUCUUCAAGAGGCAAACCUGCAACGAUAAAAAACAUUAUAAUGGCAAACCUGUCAUUACAAAGAACAUGAUAUGUGCAGGGGCUAAACAUGGAGGAAAGGACUCAUGUGAUGGGGACUCUGGUGGACCUUUAAUAUGUAAUGGUGAGUUGAGAGGCAUCACUUCGUUUGGGAAGAAAAAUAAAUGUGGCGCGGCUGAUGGUCCUGGUGUCUAUGCUCGACUCACAAAGCAAAGCCUUGACUGGAUAAGGAAAACCAUAGGGGGGGCCUAA